AUGCUUUCUUAUAUUCUGAGCUUCCUCCCUCUUUCGGACCAAAAAGAGGCUUCCUUGGUGAACCGGGCCUGGUAUUAUGCAGCCCAGAAUGCUCUGCGGGAGCUCGAUGUUCGGUAUAACAUCCCGGUGGCAUCUGCCUCCCUCACCUCUAUCAAGAGCCUGAGCCGCCGGCACGUGUGCUGUGUCAGCCUGGCCGACGUGGAUAGUUCCUCUGACUGCUGCAACGUGCUGCGGUCAAUCUCCUACUACCUGGGUCCGCACCUGCAGAGCCUGUCCCUCGGCGGGGGCACCUUGACCGAAGCCUCCUUUAUAGGGCUCGUCACGAGCUGCCCCGGGCUCCGGGUCCUGGACCUCAGCGGCUGCAACAGCCUCUUCGUGUCCGGGAUGCUGCUAGCCCAGCCGGAGACGGUGCAGAAGGUGCGGGAGGCCCUGACCGGCCUCCGGGACCUCAACCUGUCCGGCCUGCGCUCUCUGGCGGACGCCAGCUUCAACCAGCUGGCCGAUUGUGCCCCCAAACUGGAGCGCCUCUCCCUGGCCCGCUGCCACAUCGCCUUCGAGCCCUACGCCAGCUCGGCCGCCCAGCACGACUCUUCCACCGUCUUUUCCUUCCGCAACCUCCUGAACUUCCUGAAGGAGCGAGCGGGCCGCCUGCUCGCCCUGGACCUGAGCGGCACCGCUCUGAACCCCGCGGCGCUGCAGGCCCUGGGCCAGGUGGUGGGCCUCCGUCUGCAGGAGCUGACCCUGCGGAGCUGCCGGGACAUCUCCAACGAGGCCGUGGCCGCCCUCUGCCGCCAGCAGCGGGGCCUCACCAGCCUGGACCUGAGCGGCUGCUCCGAGCUGGCUGACGGGGCGCUCCUGGCCGUGUCCCGGGGCCUGCAGGGCCUGCGGCACCUGCGCAUGGAGAAGCUGCAGCGGCUGACCGACGCCGGCUUCCUGGCCUUGCACCGGCUUCAGGAGCUGAGAAGCCUGGACAUAGCCGAGUGCUGCCUGGUGAACGGGAAGGAGCUGGUCAAGGCGCUGGAGUUCCCCAAGGGCCCCCUGCCCCACCUGGCGUCCCUGAGGCUCGCCUACUGCUCCCUGCUCAAGGACGCUUCGGUGGUCUCCCUGGCCCAGGGGCCUCUGCGCUCCAGCCUGAAGCUGCUCGACCUGUCGUCCUGCGUGUCCCUGACCGACAGCAGCCUGCUGGCCAUCUCCGCCAACCUGCCCCUUCUCGCUGUCCUGCGUCUGGCCUGGUGUAAGGACAUCACUGACUCGGGGCUCCUGGGGCUGGUGGAGCGCAGUGAGGAGCCCCUGGCCCCCCACGAGUCCCCCUCCCAAGAGGCUCCCAACAAGCAGCCCAGACCCUCGCUGCUCAUGCUGAGGGCCUUGCAGGAGCUGGACCUCACAGCCUGCAGCAAGCUGACGGACAUCAGCCUGACCAAGGUCCUUCGCUUCCCCUACCUGAAGCAGCUGUCCCUGAGCCUGCUCCCCGAGCUCACGGACAUGGGGCUGGUGGCCGUGGCCAAAGGCUGCCCUGGCCUGGAGCACCUGGCACUGAGCCACUGCAACUGCCUGAGCGACAGGGGCUGGGCCCAGGCGGCCCGCUCCUGGCCACGCCUGCGGCAUCUCAACCUCUCCAGCUGCAACCAGCUCACGGAGGAGACGCUGGUCACCAUCGGGAAGGUGUGCCGGCGGCUGAAGGUGCUGGACGUGUCCAUGUGCCAGGGCAUCAGCAUGGCUGCCGUGGAGCACUUGCAGAAACAGCUGCCUCAAGUGACCUGCCUCCACUCGCGCUUUGUGGGGGGGGCCGACCUGACUGUGAGCCUCUGAAUAAAGGUCAGUGUCUGAACCCCGA